AUGAUUUGCUCCUCAUUUGUUUCCUCCUGUUUCCCAUGCCUCUCCUCCUCCCACUUCCUCUCCAUCCCCGUCCUUCCCUCUAUCCAGCUAUCUCCUCUCCUCACUGCUGUUGCUCCAGACAGCCACGAGUUCAACUGGGAGACUAUGGACAUGUCACACACGGUCAACCACCUGUCCUUUGGUCCCUUCCUCUCCGAGACAGAUUGGUUGGUCCUUCCACCCCACAUCGCCCACUCAGUCGGCUCUCUGGAUGACAAGGAGUUUACAUCCGACCAGCACAUCCCUACCACCCACGAGCACUACAUCAAGGUAGUGAAGCACGAGGUGACGCCUCCUUCCUCAUGGAGGAUCCCUCCUGUCACCAGCUACGGGUGA